CGUUGUGUUGCAAGUCAGUGAGCUCAUACAUGCUUUAAAUCUUACAUUGUAGUAUUUUCUAAAUAAUGUUUAAUGUUAUCCCCAAACUCUUGAGUAAAACAGAAAGAACGAUCACACCAAAUUCAGUUCAUUCCUAAAAAUCAGCACUGAUAAGCAACAGUUUAAUCUUCCUGCUCUGCUUCUACUGCUGAAAACUUUUCCCAUCGGUUUCCUAAACUUGUCCGGUCCCUUCUUGUUCGAAACCAAUUAAUGAGGCGGCUAAACUCACUAAUUGGCUACUUAAUUGGCCCCUGUCACCGGGCGCGCUGCUUCCGCUGGCUUUUAGCGCACCGCCGCCCUCCUUUCUUUUCUCAGAAAUCACAAUCCCACCUUGUCACAGCGAUUUAGGGUCAAUCUCUCACACAGGAAGGUGCUCUCGCAGAGGACCCCCCCGCCACCUCUGGAUCCCCCUCUAUCAGUAUCUCCCUCCCACUCUAUCUCGGUGUUUUAUGUCUGCGUCACAACAAGUCGGUCGAGAGCGAGAGGCAGGGAUGAUGGCGUCUCUGGCGGCUUGAUUCCGGUGCUGCUCUGACAAACCCGCCUUAAUAGCAUCAGUAGGUGGUGACGGAGAGGGGGGGAGAGAGAGCAAAAGCGACGGGAACAUGACGAAACGGCACCGCGGAGGACGGACAAACUAGACUGAGAGACGGACGGACAGUCAGUCCCCCCCCUCCUCCUCCUCCUCUCCCUCCUCCUCGCUGACGGCUUGACUGACACACACAGGCGCUUGGCACAGACAGGGACAUACAUGCACAUCAUCCACUUUUUGCAAACACGCAGGCUGCGCAUCCGAGCUGGCAGUAAUUGGGCAGCGGAGACCCACAGCAGAUGAGGGCAUUUCAUGUCCAGCCUGUCCAGGAAUCACUGUGACCCCGACGGAAAGGAGUUCGACUUGACAGGAUGGGGGGAGUAAGUGAAGGAGAUGAUGUGUUGGCUCGAUGGAGUGAUGGACUACUGUACCUCGGCAAUGUGAAAAGAGUAGAUGGAGUCAAGCAGUGUUGUCUGGUGAGAUUUGAGGACAACUCUGAGUUCUGGGUACUGAGAAAGGACAUUCACUCGUUUGCUGCUGGAGUGGAAGAAGUUUGCUGUAUUUGUGACGCUCCGCCUCUUAAAGAACCCCUCAUAAAUUGUCUUAAAUGUCGCCACGGUUAUCAUCUGGAGUGUCACACGCCAACCAUCGAACCGGAAGCUGACAGCGAUUCGUGGAUAUGUCGGCAAUGUGUCUUUGCAGUCGCAACCAAGAGAGGGGGGGCCCUCAAACGGGGGCGCUUUGCCCGGCUCAUGCAGUUUAUGAAACUUCGGCUCCCCUAUCAGCUGUCAUCCCUGGACUGGGACCCACAGCACCUGACCAAUCAGCAGCAGUGUUACUGCUACUGUGCUGGACCUGGAGAGUGGAACCUGAAGAUGUUACAGUGUGGCAGCUGUGGUCAGUGGUUCCACGAGGCCUGCACGCAGUGUCUAACCAAGCCUUUGCUGUAUGGGGACAGGUUUUAUCAGUUCCAGUGCUCUGUUUGUACAAAGGGACCAGAGACGAUCCAAAGACUCCCCAUGACUUGGGUGGAUUUGGCUCAUUUAGUACUCUACCAUCUCUCGCUGUGCUGCAAGAGGAAAUACUUUGAUUUUGACCAUGAAAUCCUGUCCUUCACCAAUGAGAAUUGGGACUCGUUGCUGCUAGGCGCGCUCUCUGACACGCCAAGGCAAGACCGCUGUCACAAUCUCCUCAACGCUCUGAACUCCCACAAGGACAGGUUUGUCUCCGGAAAGGAGAUCAAGAAGAAAAAGUGUCUUUUUGGGCUUCAGGUUCGAGCCCCUCCACCGCUGACGUCCGAUUCGUCACCGCUCAUCACCGACCCACCUAUCAACAUCACGCACCGGAGAAGCCCAUUGUCGCUACCCUGCCAGAGGAGAGUGGGGGGGCCAGAGUCACGUAAAUCAAAGCGUCGCAUCAUGGAGACACAGGCAUGUCCACCCCCAGUAGCUGCCAACCCUAUUGAGCUACUGCCAUGUUGCCAUGGAUACAUGGGUGGGGCCAGCCUGUAUAACUCCAGGAAGUCAGAGGAGGAGCUUAACCUGAGCUCUCCUCCCAAACGGAUGUAUGCCCUAUACCACACCACCUACAAUGGGAACUCAACACUCUCCAGGAGUCUCCAUCACUACAACAGCAUGGAGGACAACUGCAGGUUACCACCAACAUACUUCCCAUACCCCCUCAACUCCAACAGCAACCAUCACCACCACCACCUCCACCAGCACCAUCACAGCCACCAGCACAAUCACCAACAUCAACACCAGCUGGGGCAGAAGCAGCUGGAGCCCCUCAUCCUACGUGACUUACCUCCUUAUCAGGCUGGCAUGGGUGCAGGAGGUGGUGGAGGUGGAGGCGGAGGAGGAGGAGGUGGCGGCGGUGGUGGCGGAGGAGGAGGAGGAGGUGGUGGUGGGGCACCGGGAAUGGGAGUGGGAGGUGGGGACGGAACAGUGGCCAGGAACUGGGGAGGAGGGGAGGCAGUGAGGAUCCUGGCGAGACGAGUCACACCUGAUGGGAAGGUGCAGUACCUGGUGGAGUGGGAGAACGUGAGUUUGUACUGA